CUUGAGCUGCUUUGAGAAUUUGGAAAAAUGUAACAAUGUACAUGGAUGUUUGCCUUUUUUUCCUCUUAGGUCUUGCACUGUCCCAGAGCUGUGAACUUUCAUUGCCUGGCUGCACAGAUGGAGGGGCACUAUUCAUCACCAAGGCCCCCCAAGUCUGUGGGGUCAGAGUUCAACUUGAGAUGCAGGCACUGUGGCGGCAGUUUGACCAGCUGGGCACAGAAAUGAUAGUUACAAAAUCUGGAAGGAGGAUGUUUCCAACAUUUCAGGUGAGAAUCUCUGGAAUGGAUCCUUCAGCCGAGUAUGUACUGCUCAUGGACUUCAUCCCUGUUGAUGACAAGAGAUACAGAUAUGCAUUCCACAACUCCUCAUGGUUGGUAGCAGGGCGAGCGGAUGUUGCAGCACCGAGUAGGAUGCAUUUCCACCCAGAUUCGCCGGCCCCCGGAGCCCAGUGGAUGAAGCAGACAGUGUCGUUUGACACUCUCAAGCUCACCAACAACCUGCUGGAUGACAACGGACAUAUGAUUCUGAACUCCCUGCACCGUUACCAGCCACGCUUCCAUGUAGUGUAUGUGGACCCAGCACCCAACAGUCAUUUAAACGCCUACAAGAACUUUUGCUCUUUCUCUUUCCCUGAGACACGAUUCUUGGCCGUCACCGCCUAUCAGAAUCACAGGAUAACUCAGUUGAAAAUUGCAAGCAACCCAUUUGCUAAAGGCUUCAGGACCACAGACCCACAGGCAUGGGAAAGUACUGCAAGCUCCCUUGCAGUAUCCUGUCCACCAGAUGGCGGUACAGAGCCCCUCGUCUUUAAACCUAAAGAUCAGGGUCGUUUAAAGCCUUCACCCAGACAGACCAGUUCAUCCUCUGUGCUGCUACAGGAGUGUGAGCUGCCUUACCAAAAGGAGGACUCUGUGGAAGUCACCAUGGAGAGCAAAGAUGGGAACAGUUUAACAACAUCUGCACAUUUCCUCCAUAUCCCUGUGUACUGGGAUUGCACUGGAUCAGCUCACUAGAAAGUCAACCUGUUGCAAAGCAAGCAAACAAAAAACAAUUGUUCCAAUUAGCCCCUUAACAUCUGGCUUCUUUCCUUCUUAAAUUUAUGGAUAUAAUAUACUUGCAGUAGUUGUAUUUACUGGCCUCCAUGACAGACCCUUUAAAUUACUUAUUAAAUUCUUUGAAAACAAGAUGUCAGGGGUGGCAUUGUGACAUAAAUUACUAAUGAUGUCACUGAAAGGAGACAUGUCACCCAGGAGCCACCGAACAGAGGUUUACUUCAUAAUAACAAUGACAUAACAGACAUUAAAAUCAGCUAAUACAGUGCUUCUCAAGAGUAUCCCACCUCUUAAAUUACAACUUUUUUGUUUUGUCAAAAACAGGGAUUGCCAUAAAUGAUUCCAAAUGCCUUUCCACACCUAAUUUAUUGUUAUUAUUUUUUAAGUGAGAAAGAAACAAAACAAGAAACAAAUCUAUUAGAAAUUUAGGAAUAAGUAAAUAAAUAAAGGCACAAUAUCAUGGUUGUAAAUGUGUGUGUACACCCUGAAACUGAACUGUUGCUGAAGCACCUUUUGAUUCAGUUUCACAUUAUGUCAUCUCUUGUCCAAAUUAACUCUGGACUUUGACUAGGCCAAUUCAAAGCUUUUAUUUUCCUUUCCUAAAUUGUUACUUUGUUGAUUUGUAUAUAUGUUUAUGCUCACAGCAAUGCUAAAAACUAAAGCUUUAUAGCAGACACCUGAAGGUUUUAGGCUAAACCUGACCGGUAUUUUGGCCAAAGCCUGACUGAAACUGUUUUCAUCCAUCCUGAUGAAAGAUUUCUGUUCCAUCUGAAUAAAAAGUAACCAGAGCAUGUUACUACCCUGCAUAUUUCACCGCAGGGUAGUGAAGUGUUAUUUUGGUGAA